CGGCUCGCGUGAUCAUUUGAGGUCAAGUCUACACACAGCGUGUCCGCGGCAGAGCAUCACCAGGAACAUCCCUUUAAGACCGACGUUUGAAAAGCAGAGAGAAUCUGAAUCUAACACGCUAAAACUAGCGCGAGAAACAUACACAGAUUUAGAAAAGCGCGAGAGUAAAUCCAACAUGAACGGGCAAAUGAACGGUUUCCAUAACUCCCUGAUUGAUGAAGACUGCUUUUUGUUCACGUCAGAAUCUGUCGGUGAAGGACACCCUGAUAAGAUUUGUGACCAGAUCAGUGACGCUGUGUUAGACGCCCACCUCAAACAGGAUCCUGAUGCCAAAGUAGCAUGUGAGACCGUCGCCAAGACUGGAAUGAUCUUGUUGGCCGGUGAGAUCACCUCUCGUGCUGUAGUGGACUAUCAGAAGGUUGUCAGGGACACAAUCAAGCACAUUGGCUAUGAUGACUCUUCCAAAGGGUUUGACUACAAGACCUGCAAUGUGCUUGUGGCUCUUGAGCAGCAGUCACCUGAUAUUGCUCAAGGGGUUCACCUUGACCGCAGUGAGGAGGAUGUAGGAGCUGGAGACCAGGGCCUGAUGUUUGGUUAUGCCACUGAUGAGACUGAGGAGUGUAUGCCUCUCACUAUUGUCCUGGCCCACAAGCUGAAUGCUAAAAUGGCCGAGCUACGCCGCAAUGGCACCCUGCCUUGGCUGCGACCUGAUUCCAAGACCCAGGUGACCGUCCAAUACAGGCAGGACCGUGGAGCCAUGCUUCCUGUGCGUGUGCACACCAUUGUAGUGUCUGUUCAGCAUGAUGAAGUAGUGUGUCUGGAUGAGAUGCGUGAUGCUUUGAAGGAGAAGGUGGUGAAAGCUGUGGUGCCCAGUGUCUACCUGGACGAUGACACCGUCUACCACCUGCAGCCCAGCGGGCGCUUUGUCAUUGGAGGCCCACAGGGAGAUGCUGGUUUGACUGGCCGUAAGAUCAUUGUUGACACUUACGGAGGCUGGGGUGCUCAUGGAGGUGGUGCUUUCUCUGGGAAGGAUUACACUAAAGUUGACCGUUCAGCUGCCUAUGCAGCACGCUGGGUGGCCAAGUCUCUGGUGAAGGCUGAUCUGUGCAAGCGUGUUUUGGUCCAGGUGGCUUAUGCCAUUGGAGUGGCUCACCCCUUGUCCAUCUCUAUCUUCCACUAUGGAACCUCCCAGAGGAGCGAGAAGGAGCUGCUGGAGAUCGUGAAGAAGAACUUUGACCUCCGCCCGGGUGUCAUUGUCAGAGAGCUGGACCUGAAGAAGCCCAUCUACCAGCGCACCGCUGCCUAUGGCCACUUUGGCCGUGAGUCCUUCCCCUGGGAAGUUCCCAAAAAGCUUAAAUACUAAAUCUGUAACCCCCCCCUCCUUUCUUUGGGCGGUAGGUGUACAUUACAGAGAAACCUACUCAACCCACUGGAGGGGGGAGAUGUACCAAACCCCCUCACUCCUAACCUCACCCAAAGGUAAUUCCCUUCCCAGUACGACUCUCCCUUCAACCCUGUUCUUUGCUGUGUUGUUUUCGAAAGAUCUAUGGUGGCUGUUAGAUUUAUGUUCUGUUUUUAUGCGCCCUCUUCUCCACCCAUCUCUCUUUGGCCCUUCCUUCCUUCCUUACCUACUUGCUUGAAAGAUCAAGUGAUGGCACAAAUGGGGGUCAAAGGUUGUUCUGUGAUGCUAUGCAUUGCUGGCUGAAGCACUAACCCUUCGACUUUUUGUUCUACCAACUAAGCGAACCAAUGCUUACCAUUUUCCAGGUCCACCACUUUAUGUGUACCAUCGCGAAUGGGAUCAAAACCUCUCGUGAAAUGUCGAAAGCCUGUCUUUGGUCAGAAUCAACACGAAUGCGUUUAAGUUACAUAGUGCAGGGAUUGGAUUGAGAAAUUUUAAGAGACUUUUUACAUGAACAUGUGUACUGUCAUGAUGGUUUCGUCCUGGUCACCGCAGGCCGUGUUGUUUUAUUUCUGACGUGUUACAGAGAAGUCAGAAGCUGCUACCAACCCCUGUGCGUCUGCGGGACUGGCGACGCAACCGUUCCCCCGAAACCCCUUCUCCGUGGUCUCAAUGGUGAUUCCAGAUUAACCCUCCUGGUAGCUGUUAUGUGAUAUUCUACUAGACCACGGCGGAGGCAAAGCACUCCCUCUCUGUGAUCGGCGACAGCGGGCGUAGCUACAGAGAAGCCCUGCUCCCUCGCCGUCGCAGAGGGGCUGCCUCCGCCUCUUGAAUCGCUCCAUACUUGAAAACUCAACCUAAUUUUUGCUCGGUGAUCCUCUUGAGACUUGGCGUAGGUACAGAAAAGCCCGGGAUCUCAAGGUGUGACUGCCUUUAUUACUUUUUGUACAUGAAUGGAAUCGUUUUUAAAGACAAUGAAUACUUGUUUUCAUUUGCUUGAACACCGUAGUCAUGGUGUAUGUCCCAUGUGCCGGCCCUGUGGUCUUCCCUUGGUGUCCUACAGAAAGCUUUGGGCUCUUGCCACAGGCUGGUGCUGGUAGCUGUGACCAUUUUUUUUUUUUUUUUUUUUUUUUUACACAAGAGUGAAGGCAGGUAGAUGAGACUGUCCAUACGCACUCACGCACACGUUUUACGUUCAGGACUCCCGGCUCUCCCACAGACAGAAGCGAGUCUGGCCGGUGUUGUACAGAGAAACCGGCUUCGUUUACAUGCUCUCUCUGUUGGGUGUGCUUGGAUUGCAGUCUUUUAUAUAUAGCUCAUCUUCUGUUUUUAUUUCGUACUAUAUAUUUUUGUUUUAAUUACAGAGAUUGGUGCAUCAGACUGGUUACUGAAAGAGUAGAAGUGCCUUUUUCUAUUGUUUCUUUUCCUUUGUCACUCCUCUCCCUCUUCUCUCCUUUUCCCCUUUGUUCACCCGCUCUCUUUCCCCUUGAGUUUCCUCUCGUGAUACGUGUGAAUCCACAGCGAACUCCUGAAUUCCCCUCCUUUCAAUGCUCCAUGAUGGUUCUGUCCCUUAUAUCAGUGAACUGAAUAAAAAUUCUGACCCUUAA